GUGCUUCGAAAAAAUAUUUGUUGACAGUUCGUUUGACGUCCAAUUUUCCUGAUGUCUACAUUGACUUCUUCCUGUCAGACGUUGUAAAUAAAGCAAUUUUUCUUAUAUUACUUGCGGCAUUGGCACAGUUCAUCCGGCAAAAUGUCAGGUGCAAUCAAGAAGUCAACCGGUCUCACGGGCUUGGCUGUAGCUGCAAACCCGCAUCACACUUUGGGCAUCCUUUACUCGAAAAUUUUGAGAACUCUAACCAAAAUGCCAGGCGAUGCUGCUUAUAGGAAAUACACCGAGAAGAUUGUCACUGAACGCAACAAGAUUCUCUCUAGUACGAAAGAUGUUGGCGCUGUCGAGAAGGCUAUUGGAUGCGGACAAGUGGAAGAACUCAUCGUCCAAGCCGAAAAUGAACUGAUCCUUGCCCGUAAAAUGUUGGGUUGGAAACCAUGGGAACCUCUCAUUAAACCAAUUCCAGCGAAGCAAUGGGACUGGCCCCCAGCACAAAUCAAGGAACCGAAAAUUUAGAAACUGCAAUUAGAAGAGUCAUUUAAAUCAGCAAAAUAUAAGUCCUAUUAAAGUAAAUAA